UAUAAAAACUAGAAGCAUGGUAGCACAGAUUAUUGCCGAAUAAACCGAAAACUAUUAAAUUUCACUGUUAUUAUUUACAUAGUUUUAAAAAGUUUCAAACGUAAUAAUCAUGAAUAUCAGAUGUGCUACACCAAAUGACUUGAUGAAUAUGCAGCAUUGCAAUUUGCUGUGUCUUCCCGAAAACUAUCAGAUGAAAUACUAUUUUUACCAUGGUUUGUCAUGGCCACAAUUAUCUUAUGUUGCAGAGGAUGAAAAAGGAAAAAUUGUAGGCUAUGUUUUGGCUAAAAUGGAAGAGGAUUCGGAUGAUGAUCCUCAUGGACAUAUUACAUCUCUGGCUGUCAAAAGAUCUCAUCGACGUCUUGGUCUAGCGCAGAAAUUGAUGGAUCAAUCUUCGCGAGCGAUGGUGGAAUGUUUCAAUGCAAAAUAUGUCUCUCUUCAUGUUAGAAAAAGCAACAGAGCAGCCCUUCAUUUGUAUACAAAUACUUUGAAAUUUCAAAUUAGCGAAAUUGAACCAAAAUAUUAUGCAGAUGGUGAAGACGCUUAUGCCAUGAAAAGAGAUCUGGCUAGUUUUUCUUCUCAGAACAAAAGUGUUGAAAAAGACUCUAAAAAUGAUAAAUCGUAGUUUUAAUUUUAUAUAUACUUACGUUUAAAACGUCCUAUAAUUAUGUAUUGUAUGAAUAAAAACAUUAUCAUUAAAUUUAA